UAUUGUUAGGCCUUGUAAUAAUUAUUAAAAUAAUAAAAACAUUGGCCGUCUCAGUUGUCUUUGUCGUACAAAGUUCAAAAAAUUUCCAUAGAAAUUGUAAAUUCGAUAAUUGCAAAGAAAAAUUAAUGUUAAACUAUGUGACCAGUGCAAGAGCUAUAGUAUUGUCGUCAUUCUCUAGGCUUUGUGUUUCCUAUAAACAAAAUCUCUCCGCUGUCCUUCUUCCUUUCACGGCCACCUUCCGGUGUUCUCUCUCUCUCUGUCUCCGCCUCUUUGUAGCCAUGAGGCGAAUCAAGCAAGCUUUUUGCGCCCUAAAAGAGCACAGCUCUGUAAGCUAUGCAAAAAUGGCGACUUUUGGAGGCUUUUGCGAUCUUGAUCUCAUCAUUGUUAAAGCAACUGCUCCUGAUGACUUCCCAUUGCCUGAAAAAUACAUAAAUGAGAUUCUGAAGAUUUUUUCCAUCUCUUCCUCGUCGUUUCACUCUUUUUCCCUUAGCUUCACCCGCCGUUUUGGCAGGACUCACUGCUGGAAAGUUGCACUCAAGUGUCUCAUUCUCCUCCACCGUCUGCUCAGGUCUUUGCCUGAGUACAGCCCUUUUCGAGCUGAACUUUUGUAUGCAAGAUCAAACGGUCUUCUAUCUCUUUAUCCUUGUAAUUUUCGUGAUGAUUCAUCCUCAAAACCGGAAGAUUACACCAUGUUUAUUAGAUCCUAUGCUCAGUUGCUCCACGAAGCCCUAGAUUGCUUCUCCUUUGACAGGAAGGUAACAAAAGAGGAAGGAGAAAACGAGCAAGAACUGCGCAGGCCAAAGAGCAUACAAGAAAAAAUGAAAGAAGCCAAUAGAACCCUUGAAGUUUUGCUGCAGCUUCAGAGCCUAAUGGAUCGAGUAAUGGACUGCAGGCCAACUGGAGUUGCAGCUAAAAGCUUCAUCGUCCAAUCUGCCAUGAUACAUAUAAUACGCGACAGUUUCAUUUGCUACACUUCGUUUCGAAAGGAAAUUGUUUUGGUUAUGGACAAUCUGAUCGAAAUGCCAUACAGAAGUUGCAUCUCAUCUUUUGGGAUUUACAAGAAAGCAGCCAUGCAAGCGGAGCAGCUCUGCGACUUCUAUGACUGGUGCAAAGCAAAGGGAUUGUGUGGGUCUUACGAAUAUCCUUUUAUAGAAAAAAUUCCAUUGAUACAGAUUCGAGCUCUGGAGAGCUUCCUCAAUGGAAUGUGGCAGAUAACAGAGUCAUCUUCGUCUGCAACAUCCCCAUCUUCGUGGGUGGAGUCGAACAAAUCAAGUUCGAUCGAAGAUGAGGAAGCUGAUACGAAUAAGCAGCAAAUGGUUAGGAGGGAUAUUGUAGUUAGUAAUCAGUGGGUGAAAUUCGAAGAAAACUAUAAUGGUUUAGUUGAAACGGAGAGAGAGGAAUCAGAAGAAGAGAUGGCACCAUUGAUUCAAUUAGAAGAUGAAGAAAACGAUAACUGGGAGGUGCUACUUGAUGCUUCACUUAAUCUUUCACGCGUCAACAAUGGAUACUUGAUAAACUCUUAUACUGGAUUUAGCAAUGGGUAUGGAGGAAGAGAUUCAUCAAAUGGAGAAAAGAACAAUCCUAAUAAUAAUGCAUCAAAUCCUUUUUGUCAACCUUACUAUAAAAACAUGCCAAAUUGCUACAGAUGGUACCAUGCGAGUGAUCCUACAUAUCCGUGGGGACUCUAGAAAUCAUAUUAUUAGAUGGAGAUUAGCAAAUUACAAGUUUUAAUUGCAUGCAGUUGUGUCGAUUAUUGAUGAAUCCUCUCUGACAUUAUUAUAUAAUCAUAUACAUUUUUUGGGGGCCAUUUCUCCAAACAUUUUGUUAAAUUGGAUUCCUAUUUGUCGCAUUUAUUAAUUUUCUUAUUCCAUUUGUACAAUAAAGAUAGAUUUUAUUCUUCUUCAGAAUUCAAGUCCUCCAGCAGUGAUGAAUCAAGCACCUUAUCUACGUUACAUAUUACAACAUAAGCAAAUAG